AAUUCGGAUUAGCACGCUUGUUAGUAUGAGGGCACAUCGCAGGGUUAAUUUGCUCAUUUAUUUCAUUUUAUGACGGUCAUAUUUGGAGUAAAUUUCAUUCACAAUGGCCACAGCAACACGAAGAAUCGAUGUGCUUGCCAAACCCAAAUCAGUUCAUCCAGAGCAUUCAGAUGAUAGACGUUCUGUGUAUUGGAUUGAUAGGAAACCCAUCCAGCCAGGUCCAGGCGGUACUACAAAAAUUGUGAUAACUGGAAGGGUAGAGGAACUGUCAAAAAGUAAAGAUGUUAACAAGGAAUAUGUUUAUCAUAGACCCACGCCCAUAUGGGAAGUGAAGCCGGGUGCCCUCAAAGCUACAGCAUCUGGGCGGGUGGAGCAGCUUAGUUUGCACAAAACAUACAAUAGACAUCAAAUGGAAAGACCACCCCAUACUACAGUCACAGAGGCAGCAAAAUCUGCAAAUAUCACAGAUCGAUUGGAAAAUUUGGCCAAACCCAAAAACAGGAUUGAUAGAUUUGAAGUUAAUGAAAAAGAAUGGGGAGAAACCCAGCCGGUCUCAGAAGCAGCCAAAAAGGCACGAAUAACCGAAAGAGUCGAAAGUUUAGCAGAACCCAAACAGCCACAUUCACAAUUUCAACCGGCUAAACCUAUAAUGUGGGAGGUGUCCGAUCUCGCUAUCAAGGCAUUAGCGUCCUUACGACUUCAACAGCUGUCACGACCAAGAAGUCGAACCAUGAUCAAAGACGAUUAUGAUCCGUACGUAGUGUCCCGUGCGGCGCGGAAAGCCAAAGCAACUGGACGAGUUGAAGAACUCUCUGAGCCUAUCGAGAGGAAAAAGCGGGACAAAAAAGUGUAGAUGGUCGGGGUGAAAAUAUCUAAAAUAGUUCCUGUUACUUUGGUGGUUUGUUUGCGUCUCUCGUAAUUUAAGUCUUUCGUUUCCCGAACAGUAUUUUGUAAUUGGAAACUUUGGAUGCCGAAUCAUGGCGGGUAAAAACAUUUAAGUGUUUAUCGGGUGUUGGUAGAUACUCAGGGUGGUAAUUUAGAUCUUUUGUGUUGUAGAUGUAAUUGAGAUCUUCUGGAUGGGUGUUGGGAUCUUAUUGGCGAAAAUUUUAUCUUCUACUUAGAAUUGAAACCUCCUGUUGGUAAUUGAGUUUUAAUUGUGGUGAAUGAGGUCACUGGAUGAGAAUCGAGAUUUCUAAGUUGGGACUGAGAUCUUCCGUGAGGAAAUUGAGAUCCUCUGGGAAAAUAUUGUAGAUGUAGUAUAAAGUGUGUAUAUAGCAAAUGUACAUUAUAUAACUUUUAGGGAUAACCAUUGUUAAGUUAUUUUACAUUAAAUUAUUUUUUGUGCAUGCUUUUUUUUUUUCGGAGAAGUCGAGUAUCUUGGAAAUUUCCUCCAUUUUUUCUUGAAUAUUGUUUGUACGAUUAGACACAGAUUGACGACCGACCUAAAUUUUUUUAUUACCAAUUAUUAAAAGUUAUUCAUCUGUACCAUUAUAUCAUUUAUUCAAGUGAAACUAAAAAUAAACUUUUCAUUCGUG